CAGCCAUACGUUUCCACCCCUGGCAAGCGGGAGUCGGCGGAUUCUGAGACGACGUCUUCGGAGCGUUUCCCGAUGCGAAGGCGCUCUUUUCCGAGCGUCUGCCAGUUCUUUGGAUAAUUAGGCUCACGCCGCGUUGACGCCGCGGCGACCGACCCCAGCGGGCGUGCACGUCUGAACGCCGCCAGCGGCCGGGCGUCGGCCGCAUCGGACGACCCGACCUGUGCCGUCAGAAAGCCGUGAGGGCUCAGGUCGGAGCGGUGCAGGAGGUGUCGGGGACCAGCGACCAGGUGGACUCGCCAGGAGCCAGCCGCAGCCCUUUUGGGCUCAAGGAGGCAGCGAUCGACCACGACCGCCAAAUUUCAGUGCACGGGAAGUGCUGCCGAGGCGGCCCCCGCGCCUACAGCAUUCGCGGAACCUUUGCGGGAUGCUCCCGGCGGUGUUCAUGGUGACCCUUUCCGCGGCGGUGACCGGUUUCGCCCUGGAGAGUGACGCGUCCAGCGGGGGCAGCCCAGCGGAGGAGGAGCAGAACCACUCUGCGUUCCAGGCCUUCGUCGCCGACCUCCUCAACCAGUCGAGGAGGAAAGCGUUGCGCGAACAGGACUUUCGGAGGUCCAGACGGCCUUCUUGGAUCUGCGCCGGUGGCGCCGCCAGGGGGGCCCAGCGUCGACCCGAGGAGUCCGUGCGGAGGUCCCAGAGUGUAUGUUUUUGCCGUUUUCUGCUCCCCGAGCCAGAAGACGACCCCCCUCGGCAGCCAGGGCUUGCAGCUGCCCAUCGAGCGGAGGCCCAGGUUCUUCAGCGGCCUCUCGGGGAAGUGCCCGGACGGGCGGCCGAGGCUGCAGAGUGGCGCCGCCGCGGCGAAGGAGGGCAGCUGCGAGACGCAGCACCUCGACAUCAAUGCCAUGGACUAGGGGCGUGGCUGUUCUCUAUGUAGGCCUCCCACAUCGGCUACUCGGACCCCAUCUAGGAGCUAGGGGGCCUCGUGCCUGUUCGGACGGGCGCAUAAUCAGAGGACGUUUUUUUUGUUUUGUUCUGGCGAUAACGGGCGUCUCUAGGGGUGGUGGUGGAGCCGGCCACGUCAUGAUUCGCGCCCGCGCCGUCUGGGCAUGCUUAGGAACGGCUAAUUUCUAGACGGUUCGCGUAACCCCACCAGCCCAUCAAGAACCGAUUUUUUCGUUUCUUUUUUCCCAUGUGUUGCUCUCUCGAGGACUUUCGGGGGCUUUUUCGAGUUUGCCGUCUUAGGCUCUUGAGGCCAUUUUCGGAGCCUGUUGAUGCCUCUUGCGCUCCCUUGGCCGUGCCUGGGGGCGUUCCUCUGGGAAUCCUCUGGCAUCCUGGAGCGGCCAGGAGCGCGAGGGACCCCAAACUUUUUUCAAAUCGCGGGACCCUCUAGCAGACAGUACA